GCUUAUAAAUGACAAGGUGACAGGCUGUUUCAUCCUACAUUCAUUGACUGCCGCUGUGCGCAAGAGCAGCUAAUUCCGGACCCUCCGAAAGCCGUAACAAACCGCUCCCAGCCAUGUAUGCCUGCGCCAAGUUUGUCACUUCUCCAGCUGUGCUGCGUGGGGGGUCCAGAGUCCUUGCCCGGCCAGUCUCCGUGUCCCUUUUUAACAGACCUGAAGCCACAGUGGAGCAGCAGGCUCUGUUGCCAGUCAGCCAGUCUGCGCUCUUGACUCGCUCCUUCCAGACCAGCGCCGUCUCCAGGGACAUCGACACUGCCGCCAAGUUCAUUGGUGCUGGUGCUGCCACAGUGGGUGUGGCCGGCUCAGGAGCUGGAAUUGGAACAGUUUUCGGAAGCCUCAUCAUUGGCUAUGCCAGGAACCCCUCUCUGAAGCAGCAGCUUUUCUCCUACGCCAUCCUGGGUUUCGCUCUGUCUGAGGCUAUGGGUCUCUUCUGUCUGAUGGUGGCGUUCCUCAUCCUCUUCGCCAUGUAAACCUUGGAAACAAUCUACAACUCUGCUCCCUUCACUUCCCAAAUCUCCUUUCCUUCCUUGCUCCCUUCUCCCUCCCUUCCUCACAUCCAGAGGGAGGUUUCCAGAACGGGAACUCUGAAUGAGCUGAUAGGCCAUUCCAAUUGGAAAAUAUUAGUGGAAAAAUAUUUACAUCUGAGGUUAACAAACCUCUUAUCCUACAUUUUUAUGUUCCUGCGCUUAUUUUUGUUUUUCAGAAGUUUUAUGUAAGACCUCACUUUGGUUGAAAUAAUCUGUCCAAAAUAAAUGGUUGGUAUAACUAAA